AUGUUUGACUGGAAAUCAAUAGUCAAGCCCAAUGGUAAACCAUUCUGUGCUCUUACCGCCGGUUUAGCUGUCUUCCUUACUUUUGUGUUUCUGCUAGAGCAAGUAAUCUCCCUCGAAGAUCGAAUGGUGCUCUCGCCUAAAAACAUUUUCAAUCUAGGACGUUUAUCAAACUACCCACUAAUUCAUUUGUCAUGGCUUCACCUUUUUUUCAAUUUAUUUUCAUUAAUGGGUCCGCUGAACUUGUUUGAAUCUCAACAUGGUACCGUAUAUACAGGUGUUGCACUCAAUUUGACAGCUAUAUUUGCAGGAUUAUUGUACUGUGUUGUCGGUAAACUAUUAUAUCCAGAAGAAAGUGUGGCAGGCGCAAGCGGUUGGUUUUUCACUUUAAUAGGUUACUUUUCAUGGAAAGCAUCACUAGCAAAUCCAAGAACUCAGGUGUUACAAACACCCUACCAUUUCCCUACGGCACUUUCACCAUUGAUCCUACUGUUACUUAUCACUCUCAUCAUACCAAAUGCCAGUUUCUGGGGACAUCUGUCUGGUCUGACAAUUGGAUAUUUAAUUGGUGCCAAUGAAAAGGCAUUUAGUAAGUUGAGUCCACCAGGUUGGUUAAUCAAAAAAAUUGAAACUAAACUUGAUGCCUACAUUGAAAAGAUUCCACAUUUUGUGAAAUACUAUAGAGAAGUCGAAGUAGAGGAUACCGAUCGGACGGAUUACUCAUGGUUGUUUGAACCCAAUGUUUCCCUGCCGCUUCACAAUGAUCCUCCACAACAGACUCGUGGUAAUGGUCGUGUCUUGGGCACCGCCUAG